GACUAUAGUUUCUACUUCUCAACUUCUCAGUAUGGAAAUCGGCCCUCGUCAAGUUCCGUGGGCGACCAGCCGCCCUCGGAUACUCCGUACUGUCUGCAAGGGUUCAAGACGACAAUACAGCUCCUAUCCAACCUCGCAAGCAAAAGCUCAGAUAGCUAGUUCCACCGGUCUUGAGAAAGGCAAACUAAUUACAUUAAGCAAAAACUUACCUCCAACCAUCAUAACCGGAUCACAAGAAACCUCAGUUGAAAUUAGUGAGACACCUCAACUGGCUGAGCCUCCUAUUGUUCGCCCCACAAGCAAAAUUCCACCCAAAAAGCUAUGGAGCCAUCGAUUGUAUAAGACCGAAGACGGAAAGGAAAUUAUUGUACAUUACUGCAAAUCCCUCAAAAACACUGAAAAUGUAGCAAAACUUUUUCUUGAGGACAAAGUUCUCGGGUUUGACAUGGAAUGGAAAGCGCAGGCCACUAGCUCGGACACCAUCCAGAACAACGUUUCCCUUAUCCAACUCGCAAAUCGGAACAGAAUUGCGCUCUUCCAGCUAUCUCGCUUUAAGCCCGGAAAGUCUCUCAAAGAUUUCAUUUCUCCCUCUCUACAGCAGAUCCUCGAAUCUCCGGAUAUCACUAAAGUCGGCGUCUCAAUUAAAGCAGAUUGCACCCGUCUGCGAAAGUAUCUAGGGAUCGAUACUAGGGGAACUUUUGAACUCAGCCAUCUACAUAAAUUGGUUAAAUACUCUCGGUCAAAUCCAAAAUUAAUCAACAAGAAACUCGUUCGAUUAGACGAACAAAUUGAGGAGCAUUUCGGACUUCCUCUGGUAAAGGACGCGGAAAUCCGAUGCAGCAAUUGGUCGUCUCCUCUCACUUAUCGGCAGGUUCAAUAUGCUGCAGCCGACGCGUACGCCUGCUACCGCUUAUUCGAUACUCUAGAUGCAAAGCGGAAAGCAUUAGACCCAGUCCCGCCUUUACCAGCACACGCGGAAUUAAACCUCCCUAUACGAAUCAUACAUGACCCAGUCAAGGUUGAUUUGGCCGAGGCUGAGGUUAUCGAGCCCGCACCUAGUUCGAAAACCGAACAGCUCGAUGGGAAAGCCCCAGAUGCUUGAACAAUUGCGGCGGCCAGAAGAACAUCGU